AAAUCCCCUUCGUUUUACCUUCACAACCCGUGAAUCGAUCUCACUCUCAGAAGUUUUUCAAUUGUUUCUGUUGUUGAAAGGAAGAAGAAGAAGAAGGAUGUUGGCCAUCUUCCGUCAGGAGUAUGCUCACCCGCCGGAGGAACUGAACAGCCCGGCCUCCAAGGACCGCCGGCCGAAGCAGCCGGACCAGAUAGUGGCGGAGUUCCUCUCCUCCGACCCGCACAAUGCCUUCACCAUGUACGGCGACGGCGCCGUCCUUGCCUACAUCCGGUCAUCGUCGAGGCUGCCUUACAGCAGGUUGUUCUGCGGACUGGACGAUGUGUACUGCGUGUUUCUGGGGACUCUGGACAACUUGAGCGCCCUUAUAAGGCAGUACGGACUGUCCAAGAACACGGACGAGGCGCUGCUGGUGAUCGAAGCGUACCGCACAUUGAGGGACCGCGGGCCUUAUCCGGCGGACCAGGUGGUGAAGGACCUCGUCGGCCACUUCGCCUUCGUCAUCUUCGACCGCAAGUCCGGCACCGUCUUCGCCGCCCUGGGUUCGGAUGGUGUAGUGCAGCUCUACUGGGGCAUCGCUGCAGAUGGUUCUGUGGUGAUAUCGGACAACGUCGACGUCGUGAGGAGAAGCUGCGGCAAAUCCUUCGCUCCUUUUCCUGCUGGCUGCAUGUUCCACAGCGGGACCGGCGGAUUGCAGAGCUUCGAGCACCCAAUGAACAAGCUGAAAGCCAUGCCGAGGGUUGACAGCGAAGGCGUCCUGUGCGGCGCCAACUUCAAGGUCGACACCUACACCAAGGUCAAUAGCAUGCCUCGUGUCGGCAGCUCCGCCAAUUGGGCUCCAUUGUCCCAGUGACGCAGCUGAAGCUGUCUUCAAUUUCUUCCUGCAAGAAAAGAUCAGAGCCGUUUAAUAAAAAGGAGAAGGAAAGAAGAAAAAAAAAAAAGAAUGUGCUGUCCUCCGGUGUAUAUAGGAGCUUAAUUUGGUUGAAUGAAUGAAGAAGAUGUGUUUCCCUUUGUAAA